AUGAUCAAUAGACAAAAACGCGAGGAACCUGCAGGCAUUAUCAUCUACGACAGUGACUGGAUAGAUAGAGAAGACACGCAGGGUACCUUUGGGCAUUACAUAGAUCGCUACGUCCGCACAGUAGUGCCGAGCAGGCCCAUUAUCACCCCACAGUCGAGUGUGACAACGUUGGGGGCCCCUCCCGAUGAACAAUAUUACGAGGAGUACAGUUGCAGACCGCCUGCAAUCGCCAUGAUCAUCAUGUCGAUUAUCGAAAUUGUUAUCUACAUUUACGAUAGACAAUGGGGAGGAAUUGCUGGAUUUUUAAUUUACAAUCCCACACGAAGAUACGAGGCGUGGAGAUAUCUGACUUACAUGCUCGUCCAUAAGGGAAUAAUGCAUCUAGUUGGAAACUUAUCGAUCCAAAUAAUGCUGGGAAUCCCCUUGGAAAUGGUGCACAAGUGGUGGCGUGUCCUGAUCAUCUACUUUGCUGGAGUAAUAGCCGGCUCCCUUGGAACAUCGGUUGCACUUCCAAAGUUUUAUCUAGCGGGUGCAUCUGGGGGUGUUUUUGCACUCAUGACAGCACACAUUGCAACGAUUUUAAUGCGAUGGAAACAAGUAAAAUUUGUUGCACUUGAAUUUCUUGUCUUUGGUUUCAUGACGAUUCUUUACGUGAUUUCGAAUUUCCGCAAUCGUUAUGUGCUUCAUAAAUACGAUGGAAUAGCGUACGAUGCACACAUGGCUGGAGCUGCAGCUGGAUUAUUAGUGGGAAUUAAUAUUCUUUGUAAUCUCAAAGUUAAUAAAUGGGAGAAAGUUCUCUGGUGGGCUAGCAGCUUUACUUACACCGCUCUAAUGUCCGCUGCUAUCCUCUGGAAUAUCUUUGCGAUGGAAUAGUAAAAUUAUCGAGACAACAAAACUGUCGUGUUCGUAAACUAGUGGGAAAAGAAAAUUUUCCACACGCCGGGAGGAAAUAUACUAUAGUGUGAUAGAAUGAAUAUAUGACGGGAUCGAUCGGUUUUAACGUAGAAUAUGACCGUUCAAUCAGACGAUUUAUAAUUAAUUAAGACAUAAUGACGAUGAUGAGAAAUAAUAGGGUGAAUUAUUUUUGUAAUAAAGACGAUUUUUCAUAUUAAUAAAGGCAAAUGUUG